AAGGAGGGGAAAAGGCACCAACCAGCGGCGGCUCCGGCUCUGUUCGCCUGCCGAAGUUUCACUUUUUCGCUGGGGGUUUGCUCCCUAGCCUUGGGUGAGGUUCCCCGGGACUAAAUAGCUUUAAUAGAGCGGGCGGAGGCCGGCGUGCGCGGCAAGGUUUGAAGAGACUUCUCAAGCGGUGUCUGUUGUGAGAGACCCAGAGGAAGCCCUCGGAGGGCUCACUUGCUUCUCCAGUGCAGACUUUCUUCUGAGUCAUCUUUUCACCUGCCCUAGCCAGAGACGUCAUUGCUGUGAGACGAGCCAUUUGCUGACUCCAGUGUCCCCGGACCAUCCGCUGCCGCCCCGCUGAGUACUCAACCAUGUCUCACCCUUCGUGGCUGCCGCCCAAGAGCACGAGUGAAUCCCUUGGUCACGCCCCUGCUCGGAUGGAGACGACACAUUCGUUUGGGACGCCCAGUAUCUCUGUGUCCAUGCAGCAGACACCCAAGAAGUUUGCUCCAGUGGUCGCCCCCAAGCCCAAAUACAACCCCUACAAGCCUCCUGGUGCUGAAGGUGACUUUCUGCCCCCUCCGCCUCCCCCUCUGGAUGACCUUGGCAGUCUACCACCCGGCCCUGGAUCCUUCCCCCCGCCCCCGCCUCUAGAUGAAGGUGUUUUCAAUGUGCAGACUGCCGGCUUUAGAAGACCAGACCAGGUGAAUCCUGGGAGCAAGACCCUUGAAGAGCGUCGCUCCAGUCUAGAUGCAGAAAUCGACUCCUUGACCAGCAUCCUGGCAGACCUCGAAUGCAGCUCCCCUUACAAGCCGAGACCUCAGCAGGGAGCAGCCAUUCCCACAGCCUCACCUCCAGUCUCCACGCCGGUCACAGGGCACAAGCGAAUGGUCAUCCCCAACCAGCCACCUCUUACAGCCACGAAGAAGUCGACCUUGAAGCCGCAAGCAGCGAGCCAGCCCUCGCCCAUCCCUGUGGCUCCCAUAGGAAUGCUGAAGCCCCAGCCUCAGCCUCAGCCAGUUCCGGCCUCCUAUACCACAGCAUCCACACCAUCCAGGCCCACGUUCAAUGUCCACGUGAAGUCGGCCCAGCCGAGCUCUCACUACAUGCCCACCGUUUCACCUGGGCAGUACUACAGUUCGGUGCCCAGCCAUUCAUACGCUCCCCAGGCACCUCCCUCUGCCGGGACUGCUCACUAUGCCCCCGCAUCAGCCCGGGGAGGCCCCGACUAUGGCUAUGCCCCACCCGCGGGCCGGCAGCCAGAACCUGCCUAUGGCUAUGCCCCGAAUCAAGGCCGCUACCAUGAGCCUUAUUACCCAGGCUACGGGGGGCGAAAUGGUUCUGAAGCAGGUUACGGACCGCAGAACGCCUGGAAACCCGAGCCGAGUUAUGCUCCCCCUCCUGCGGGGUCUCAGAAUCCUUCCGGGAUGUACCAACCCCCCGAGACCAAGAAGACCUACAUCACUGAUUCGGUUUUAGCUCCGCAGGCCCCAGCACCCCAGCAGCCUAAGGGUAGCCACCCAGGCCCUGGGGGCUCAGCUUCUGCCCCAUCCUUCCGCCCAGAGGAUGAACUAGAACACCUCACCAAGAAGAUGCUGUAUGACAUGGAGAAUCCUCCUUCUGAUGAGUACUUUGGACGUUGUGCCCGCUGCGGUGAGAAUGUUGUUGGCGAAGGCACUGGCUGUACUGCCAUGGACCAAGUCUUCCAUGUGGACUGCUUCACCUGCAUCGUCUGCAGCACCAAGCUCCGUGGGCAGCCCUUCUAUGCUGUUGAGAAGAAGGCCUACUGUGAGCCCUGCUACAUAAACACCCUGGAACAAUGCAACGUGUGCGCCAAGCCCAUCAUGGAGAGGAUCCUGCGUGCCACAGGGAAGGCAUACCAUCCUCACUGCUUUACCUGCGUCAUGUGCCGCCGUAGCUUGGAUGGGAUCCCAUUCACCGUUGAUGCCAGUGGUCACAUUCACUGCAUUGAGGACUUCCACAAGAAAUUUGCCCCUCGAUGCUCUGUGUGCAAGGAGCCAAUCAUGCCAGCCCCAGGCCAGGAAGAGACUGUCCGUAUCGUGGCCUUGGAUCGGGAUUUUCAUGUUCAGUGCUACCGAUGUGAGGAUUGCGGUGGCCUCCUGUCUGAAGGAGACAAUCAGGGCUGCUACCCUUUGGAUGGACACAUCCUGUGCAAGACUUGCAACUCAGCCCGCAUCCGUGUCCUGACUGCCAAGGCCAGCACUGACCUCUGAGAAUUGCCCAUACA